UCGAAAUCUCCGCCAUUGCCGCUGGAUAUAUUAACCGGAGUGGCUAACGUCGUGUGGUGUUCGUGUAAAAACAUUGGACUCUGCAAUAUACCGAAUUUGCAGGCCACUGAAAGAAAGACCCAUUUUAACGUCGUGUUAGAAAUCUAAGAACAUCUAUAUCAUCGUUACGCCAUCACAGUUUCAUCGGUCGUCAUUUCGUUAUAAAAUUAAAAAAUGUCGGGGGAGGGCGCCGAAGCGUCAGUGCAGGGUAAAUUUGUCACCAGGGAUCCAGACUACGCCGUUCCGUUGAUUGCUAUCGCUCUCGAGAGACGCUUCAAUUCGGAACACCUUUCCGCGAUUAUCAAUAAGUUGCUUCAUCGUGAAAAUGAUGACGUAGUUGAGUUUGAAUUUUUCAUUCAGGAUAACAUCCUUUUAGGUUCUGUAGAGGAGCAUCUAGAAGAACAUGGGCUCAUUGUCGAAAAUGAAAUUGAGAUUGAGUACUCAGUGAAGUGCCCAAUUCCGGAGGUGCUAGACAGCUUGACACACGAUGAUUGGGUAUCGGCUGUACAUUGUGCUCGUAUAGGGUCUCGGGAUCUCAUCCUCACCGGUAGUUAUGAUUGUUCCGUCACUAUCUGGACCACCGCAGGGAAAAAGCUUACCACCUUGGCAGGCCAUGAAUCACCCGUGAAAAGCGUUCGUUGGGUUGAAUACGAUGGGAAAAAUGCCCGUUUUAUUUCAACCUCCCACGAUGAGACGGCGGUACUUUGGAGCUGGAAUGUUGAGCGUAAUAGUAUCAAUGCAAUGGUCACAUGUAAAGGUCAUGAAAGAAGUGUCGAUUGCGUUGAUGUGGAUGUACCCAGCAAUAGAUUUGCCACAUCAGGCUUCGACAACGUUGUGAAAUUGUGGUCGACCUCAACAGAGGAGACACAAUUAGACGUUAAGAAAGAAGAAGCCACCGAAGGAGAUGUGAAAAGGAGUCGCUUCGAAGUGGAUCAUCCUACUGUACGACGCUUCACAAGAACUCCUCUUGUGUCGCUCGCCAGUCAUACGGAGGCCGUCACAGCUGUGAAGUUUAUGAACUCAUCGGAAAUGUUGACGUGCUCAAUGGAUUGCACGCUCAAGGUAUGGGAUAUCGAAAUUGGGGGAUUUAGCAACAACCUGCUUGGAUCGAAGGCCUUCCUUGAUCUCUGCUAUUCACCACUUAACCAAUCGAUUGUGACAGCGCAUGCAGACCGACAUAUUCGAUUAUGGGAUCCACGCUCCAAACAAGGUUCCGUGGUAAAGGCAAACUUCACAUCUCAUAGCGGUUGGGUUACUGCCGUUUGCUGGAGUCCAGCACAAGCCACGCAAUUCAUAUCAUCUUCAUAUGAUACUCUUGUAAAGCUCUGGGAUACCCGCUCGACGAAGACGCCUCUGUAUGAUAUGCAGGGUCAUGAAGACAGGAUCCUCUGCUGCGACUGGAGCAUACCUGAAUACAUGGUAAGCGGUGGAGCGGAUAAUCAACUGAAAUUGUUUAAACAUGAGGCCCCUUGUAGCAAAGCCGGGAGCCAACUUCAAGUACAUAAGGAACAACUGAAAAGCUAAAUCAUAUUCAUUUUUCAUAGAAACCACGUGCUAGAACUUUAUAGUAGGUAUCUUUUAUCAAGUCAUUAAAAUAAAUGCUGUAUAAUUUC